AUGAUUUCGAAUGUUAGAGAAGAAGCUGCAAUAUUACGUAAAAAGGAGCGUAAACGCGCUAUGAAAUCAAAAUAUUGGAUAACAGGGUUGUCAUCUAUACUUGUUCCGGUAAUGUUUGGUGUAUUUACAAUUGUUACCACCAUUCAACAACAACACAUCGCCCGACAAAACCGUGAAAAAGAUAGAGAUUUGGCCAAGGAACAACGUGCAGAAGAUAAUAAAUUAGCUGAUGAUGUACGAAUGAAUAACGUAUUAAACGGCUAUUUUGAAGAGAUGUCAGAUAUUUUCACGAACAAAAACAUUUCAUUUGAUAAUACUAUGACAUUAACAAUGAUCCGUGCUAAAACUGUAACUAGUCUGAACCAAUUAGAUCCAACACGAAAAAGUAUUAUUAUAAAAUUUCUUUACGAAACUAAAGCUAUUACAAAAAGGAAUACUAUUACUUUUUCAGUUGAUUUGACUGAUGCUGAAUUGAACAAUAUUAAUAUGAGUAGUCAAACAAAAACGAAUGCGAAUCUCCGUUAUUUAGUUUUUUCUGGCGUUUCGUUGGUCAAUGCAUCGUUUCGGAAUCGAGAUUUAGCCUAUUCGAACUUUUCUUUUUCUUAUUUAACCAAAGCUAAUUUUCAACAUUCAAAUUUGUUUGGUGUGAAUUUUCAUGGAGCUUCAUUGCAGCAAGCCAGUUUUGACAAUGCUAAUGUUUCAUCAGCAGAUUUUACGAAUACUGACCUUAGUGGAUCAAAUAUAAACGACACACAAUUAUUGCUUGCAUUUUCAAUCAGUAAUGGAAUACUACCAAAUGGGACAUAUGGCAUAAAUAGAAACCUAUUACUGAAUCCUGGAGGCGAAGAUUCACCACGUGCAGAAGUUAGCUGUCAGCCGAACAAGAAAACGUCGCCCAACCCAUCAGAUAGUCAUAGCUAUUAUUCUUGUUUGGAUAAUGGAACAGUGAAAUUGGAGCAUUGUAGUGUAAAUCUAGUUUGGGAUGAAAUUGAAGAAAAGUGUGACUUCAAACAUGUCUAUGGUUAG